AUGCAGGGAGAUUCAAAUUGCACGCCAAGGGAAAAAGAAGAAGAAAAAACGCGGGUUGAGGCGAUGGGUGACGAGAGGUCAGGGGCCAAGUACGAGCUACAGAAAAAUGUGCUUCUUAAGGCAAUUCGGCCCGGCGGGCUUUUUUACGAGUAUGUUGAUAGGGGUCCAGUGGAGAUGCUAUGUGUCCCACAUCAGUUGUUUUUAGAGUCCAGUGGUAUCGCUCCGUACCUACGCCUCCCUUCAACCCACUCUCACAAUUCAAGUAUUGCCACGACUACGCUGAGGAUUGGUGAGCGUGAUGUUGCUUUGACGCCGGAGCAGCACCAGCAAAUAGCGUGCAUCACUCGUGAGGCAUUCCUGGACUAUCACCUUGUGCACUUUGAUGGCGUUGCCUCCCCGGCCUUCGUGACGCUUCGGGGGCAGCGUGGGGAGUUUUCUGCGGAUUUGCAGAGCGUUGCGCGCUACGGACGCAUUGGAGCGUCAAAAGUGCUUUGUGAGCUGAGUCCACUUCUUGAGCCUGACGACGCCUCCGUCAGUGCUUUCCAUCCAUGUAAAUUACACAUUCUUGUGCUUGCGAAACCGCUUAUGGACGAUGAGGAGGUGCACAACCUUCUUUCCGCCUUGCAACGGAUUCUUCCGCCAAUGGAAGGCGCUGGGACGGAGCAAUGCCAAAACGACCAAAAGACUGGCGUGGAACAGACACCAGGACCGAGCUUCUUGGAGAACUGCUUUUCUCGAGAGGCCAUCCUUAACUAUCGUCGUACGGUUGCCAAGGACAAUGACGUGCACUCCAGGGAGUUUCAGGAAAUGAUGAAGCUUCCUGUCUGCGCACCGGUUGCAAAAACGAUUUCGAACUUUGUUGAAACUAUCCAGCAGCGGGAUGCACCACUUUUUGACAACACGGACGUCAGGCGGGCAAUUUCAUUUUGCUUGGAUCAAUGCAGACGGAUACCUUUUUUUGCGAGGGAUGCGUCAAAGCUUCAUAUUGCGGCGGAAGGCUUUGAGAAAUACAUCAUGACGAAACUCUACUGGCGUGCCUUUGGCGUUGAUCCUGAGGAACGGGAGCGCAACAAGGAGCUAAAUGAAAGGUUGCGUCGGCUGUCCCCUCUUGUCAAUGCGGAGGAACUGGACGCAUUGAAGGAGGUUGAGGAACACCAUCUGUGGGGUCAGGCAAUGCUGGACUUGGAGGGCAUGAAUUUUUUUAAAACUCCUCGUGAAAAAUUGCGCUGCGCUGUUCGAGCCUGUGAGGGGCUCGCAAAGGCAGUUUCCGCCGUUCUCGUACAGAAGAAAAAGAAAUGUUUUGACGGGAAUAUUAAUAAUAAUAAUAAUAAUAUUGGUAACAAUGAUAAUAGCAAAAGUAUGGAUGAAAAUCCUGUUGUUUUUGGCGCCGAUGAGUUUCUUCCCUGUUUUAUGCUGCUGGUUCUCAGAGCCUCUCCCAGGGACUAUUAUUUACACGUGCAUUACGUGAAGCGGUUUCGUGACGCCAGUCUCAUUACUCCUCACGAAAGUUACUGCCUCACGAAUUUGGAGUCCGCUGCGGAGUUUUGGCUCUCAUACACCACCUCCUUGUCACGCCAAACUGGCACCAGCCGCCCAUCAACCCCUCAAAAAACAAUUGUUGAGGAUCUUUUUAUUGCACCUGUUGCCACGUCUUUCAUAGUGCAACCUGCGGACAAGGACGAAAUAUGCGCCGUGGCCCAGCAAACAGAAAGUAAAUAUGGGCAGCUUUCGAAUUCUUCUUUCCAGCAUGACUUCUUUUCCCUGACGGGGGAUGUGGUGCCGGAGGGCAUCAACGUGGCGAAGUUGCUGUUAGAGGAGAGAAAGCCGUUUGAAAAUCUUACAGUGGCGGAGCUGCGUGGGAUUGUUGAGGAGGCACGGCGCCUAUUGGCUGAGAAGCAUAAAUCUACGCAGACUGGUAGUAAAUCGCCGGAUUGA